AUGCCCCUCUCGGUCCUGACGCUCCUCUCUCUGGCCGCUUCGGCGGUCGCGGCGACCCAGAAGACCGGCGCGUUCAAGCUAGAUCGUGCUCUGAAGCGGAAGCUCGCCAAGGCGUCGAAGCCUUCGCUCAAGCCCAAGAAAUUGGCCUUCGCCGCGAGCGGCAAGCUCACGGGGGCGGACUUCGCCGCCGCCGCCGCGGCGGGGCCGGUCCCCGUCGACCGCGCCGCGGCCGCGCCCCCGCGCGCGGCGCCGAGCCGCCUCGGCGGCUUCGCGACCGAGACCCCGUCCGACGACUGCUCCGCGCACUCGUCCACGACGUUUUGCUACGGCAUGGACGGCUACGUGGCCACGGACGCCACGAACGGCCUGGACGACGACUGGAUCAUGGCGUCGCCCGCGCCGCCCUCCGCGUGCGCGUCGUUCUUCCACGACGACGACGAGCACCGCGCGGAGUUCGCCGACCGCACGGACUGGGCCGACUGCGUCAAGUGCGCCGAGGGCGACGAGCUCAUGGUCUUUUACGAGGACUGCACGGGCGUCUGCUCGCCCCCGGCCGCCAAGGCCUACUUCGAGGGCUUCGGCUUCGCGGACCUCGACGCGUCCGCGUGCUUCGCCUUCGAGCCCUGCGGCUACGAGGGCUACUCGCUCGACGGCACGGUGCCGCCGCUCGAGACCCAGUUGUGGUCCUACUCCUACGAGGACGACGACCCGGUGGACGAGUUCUGCGCCGCGCAAAUCGCGGCCGUCGAGGAGUGCUGGCAACACGCGGAGCACGACGAGGACGAGCACGACGAGCACGAGGACGAGCACGAGGACGAGCACGAGGACGAGCACGAGGACGAUUCGUUCCUGGACGAAUUCGCGACGUGCGACGAGGCCCAGGCGAGCGAGCACUGGGCCCACGCGUGUUCGACGCACGCGGAGACCGCGUGCGCCGACCUCUUCCAGGCCUACUACGAGUGCGAGUGGGAGUUCAAUCUCGCGACGCACUUGGACCUCGACUGCGACAUGACCUGCGCGGGCGUCGCCGCCCCGGAGGAGCACCACGACGACCACGACGGCCACGACCACGGCGCGGAAGAAGAGACCCACGACGACCACGACGGCCACGACCACGGCGACGCGGUGCCCGAGGAGUCCGACGGCGCCGCCAAGCUCGGCGCCGCGGCCGCGUCCGCCCUCGCGGCCGCCGCGUUCGCGCUCCUCUGA